CGGCAAAGCACCCACAAAAAAGGCGACCACGCAUAAAGAAAGAUCAAAACUUCCCAUCACUUCCAAAAAGAAAACUCCUUGAGAAAAAAAAGAUUAAAUUUAAAAAGUAGACGAAAUUUUCAGAGCUAAGCGAGAGAUCGAAGCGACUCAGUUGUGCUGCGGAGGCGAAACCACGAUCUGGGUUUUUGUAAUCUUUCUCUUCUCCGUCUCACCUUUGUGGUUUUUUUCCGACACUCCCAUUUGAUUGGAGCUCGCACAUUCGGAAGGGUUUCCUCCGACGGUGGUUGUGUCUCCGUCGGUGACGAGGUUAGGGUAUAAUGGAGCGGUACGGUCGCGCCGGAGAAGAAGGGUCGCGGUCGGAUCCAUCGCCGGAAUGGUCCGCUCCAGGAGGUGAAACCGGCGUCGAAGCUUCGAUGUGGCGUCUAGGGUUGCGAAGCGGAGGAGAAUCGUACCCGGAACGACCCGACGAGCCCGAUUGUAUCUAUUACUUGCGAACUGGCGCCUGCGGGUACGGGUCGAGGUGUCGGUUCAAUCACCCUCGAGACCGUGGAGCGGUGAUCCCAUUUGUCAUGGGAGCUUCUAGAAGAGAUGCAGGAGAGUCUAUUGGACAACCUGUGUGUCAGCACUUUAUGAAGACUGGAACGUGCAAGUACGGUGCUUCUUGCAAGUAUCAUCAUCCUAGACAGGGAAGCAGUUCGGGUAGUACCCCUGUGAUGCUUAAUUAUAUGGGAUAUCCAUUACGCCUGGGGGAAAAAGAAUGUUCCUACUACAUGAGAACGGGUCAGUGUAAAUUUGGCGCAACGUGUAGAUUCCACCAUCCCGUCCCGCCUGGUGUACAGUUGCCCUCCCCACCACCGCCACCCGUUAUGCAGGUUUCCCCCAUGGCUGCUCAGGCUAUCUAUCCAACAGUUCAGUCUCCAUCUGUUCCUUCGUCCCAGCAAUACGAGGUUGUUAUGCCACGGCCUCCCUUUUUACCGGGUUCAUAUGUUCAAAGCCCUUACGGAACCAUGGUUCUUCCUCCUGGUAUGGUUCCAUACUCAGGUUGGAACCCAUAUGCGGCUUCUGUAAGUGCCAUACCCUCCACAGGCACUCAGCCAUCUGUUGGAUCGGGCUCCAUUUACGGGCUUGCUCCGUUAUCUCCUUCAGCUCCUGCAUAUACAGGACCAUAUCAGUCAGGGCCUUCCUCUGUGAGCCCUUCAAGUACCCAGAAGGAACAAUUGUUUCCUCAGCGUCCCGGCCAACCUGAGUGCCAGUACUUUAUGAGGACGGGAAACUGUAAAUUCGGAUCCUCGUGCAGAUACCAUCAUCCUCUGGAUGCGGUUCCUCCAAUAACAAGUGUUAUCCUCGGCCCUACCGGCCUUCCCCUCCGUCCUGGGACACCACUAUGCACUCACUUUGCCCAGCACGGCACCUGCAGGUUCGGACCUGCCUGCAGGUUUGAUCACUCCAUGGGCUCGCUCAGUUACAGCCCUUCUGCUUCUUCACUGACCGACAUGCCCGUGGCCCCCUACCCGGUGGGCUCCUCGCUCGGGACGUUAGCCCCAUCGUCCUCCUCGUCAGACCUGCGGCCAGAGCUCAUCUCUAGCUCCAGCAGAGAAAUUGUGUCCCCAAAGACCACAACAAGUGGGUCCGAGACGGCUCCUGCCACUGUCUCAUCCCCGACAAGUGGUCCGAGCCAUCCAGAGCCUCCUGCUCAGACCGCUGGUGUCGACGGUAGCAGUAGCUUAGAAGCUCGGACUUCAAGCUAAGUGGCAAAAGUUCAAAGGCAAAAAUCUCUGUUCCUCUGAUAUAUAUAUAUAUAUAUAUAUCCCCAUCCUUUUCCCCUUUUUUUUCCAUCAAAACAUCAGGAACAUUUAAAAAAUAUUUUUUGAGCCGACACACGACGGAAUCGGAGACCAAAAGCACCGGUCGAUGUGUUCACUGCUUCGGACAUAUCUCCUUUUAGGUCUCCCUACCAUGUCCAUAUAGUCAGUCUCCUUAUACGGCCAUCUCUCUCUCUCUCUCUAUCUCUCUCUCUCUCUUCUCUUCUUCUUCAUCAUCUUCUCCUUUUUUUGGGUAAACGAUUAAAUAAUAAAUGGCCCUGUUUACAAAUUCCUAGAAAUCCCCAGUUAUUAUUCUUUCCAGAGAUUAAUUGAAUCUGGGAACCAUGUUAAGCCUCUCAGCAACAAGAAGAAGAAGAAGAAGAUGAUGACUGCAGUUUAUCGGGUAAAGAUGCUGGAGAGACAUGCUGCUGAGAAAGACAGAAAGUAGAUUCGAUCAUCGAACCAUAUGAGAAUGUUACUCUUCUGUAAUAAUUUCAUCUUCUCCCUGAAAGAAAAACAAAAAACAAUAUCAUUUUGCGUUGCGGUUGGUUUCGAAUGGUACAUUCAGGACACUGAUCUCGGGGAUCUGUUAGAUCAUUAUGGAAGAAGAUAUGUAUUUGCAUCGCAAAGAUUCUAUCUUAACGGGGAAGCCUUCAGUUC